GAGGAGCGGCAGCGCAGCGAGCAGCUGCUGCACCAGAUGAUCCCCCGCCACAUCGCGGAUGCGCUGCGGCGGGGGGAGCGGGUGAACGCGGAGAUAUACCCCGAGGCGACGAUUCUGUUCUCAGAUGUGGUAAAUUUCACGACCAUCGCCGCCGGCAGUACGGCAAUGGAGGUGUGCACGAUGCUCGACAGCCUAUAUAACGAGUUCGACGAAUUAAUUGACAAGUACCCCUCCCUUUACAAAUUGUCAAAUGUUCCCAGUACGCCUCUCUCAAGGUCGCCUGCUCCUCGUCCUCUUUCCCAUGCACGCAUUCCGGAUCCAUCCGGGGAUCCGAAUCUGGAUCUGGAUCUUGUUGGGUCCAGGCGAGUGACGACCAACAUGGGUGCCCCGAUCCAGAUCCGAGUUGGAAUCCACACGGGUUCGGUGGUGGGCGGUGUGGUCGGUCGCAAGAUGCCGAGGUUUCACCUGUUUGGGGAUACUGGUGGGGCCUCCCGCAUGGAGAGCCACGGGUUGGCGGGUGCCGUACACAUCUCGGCCGCGUCACGCGCUCUCAUCACUAACCCCGCCAAAUACCUCAUCACGGAAAGAGGAGAGAUUGCAGUCAAGGGAAAGGGGCUUAUG